CGGAGCGGCCGCGGGGCGGAAGAUGGCUGCUGCGGCGGAGGCCGCGGACACUCAGCUGAUGCUCGGGGUCGGGCUGAUCGAAAAGGACACAAAUGGAGAAGUUCUGUGGGUAUGGUGUUACCCUUCCACGACAGCUACUCUAAGGAAUCUGCUGCUGAGAAAGUGCUGCCUUACCCAGGAAAACAAACUCCUCCAUCCCUUCGUCUUUGGUCAGUACAGAAGAACAUGGUUUUAUAUCACAACAGUUGAGGUUCCAGAUUCUUCAGUUUUGAAAAAGGUGACUCAUUUUUCUAUUGUUCUCACCGCCAAAGAUUUUAACCCAGAGAAAUAUGCCGCCUUCACUAGGAUAUUGUGUAGAAUGUACCUGAAACAUGGGAGCCCAGUUAAGAUGAUGGAGAGUUAUAUUGCUGUUCUCACAAAGGGGAUAUGCCAGAGUGAGGAAAACGGCUCUUUCCUCAGCAAGGAUUUUGAUGCCCGAAAGGCAUACCUGGCAGGCUCCAUCAAAGACAUUGUAGCUCAGUUUGGAAUGGAAACUGUUAUCUUACAUACAGCACUGAUGUUGAAGAAAAGAAUUGUGGUCUAUCACCCCAAAAUAGAAGCUGUCCAGGAGUUUACAAGGACGCUGCCCGCCCUGGUGUGGCACCGACAGGACUGGACCAUCCUCCACUCCUACGUGCACCUCAGCAACGACGAGCUGGAUGCCCUGCAGACGUGCACAGGUUACAUCGCUGGAUUUGUGGACCCGGAGGUGGUCAAUAGGUCGGACCUCUAUGACGUGUUUGUGAACCUGGCAGAGAGCGAGAUUACCAUCGCCCCACGUGCGAAAGAGACCAUGACCAUGGGCAAGCUACACAAAGAAAUCGGCCAGUUAAUCGUUCAGUCUGCAGAAGACCCAGAGAAGUCCGACAGCCAAGUGAUACAGGAUAUUUCCCUAAAAACAAAAGAAAUCUUCACCAACCUGGCACCAUUUUCAGAAGCUUCUGGUGAGGGAGAAAAGCUGGUACUCAAUUUGGAGGCCCUAAAGCAGAGACGAUUCCCGCCAGCCACAGAGAACUUCCUUUACCACCUGGCAGCAGCUGAACAAAUGCUGAAGCUCUGAUGGGGACCGAACGAGGCACUGGUGACCGACAGUGCUCACCAUGAUUACCCACUAACUAUGUAAAAUGCUGAAAAUAACAGAGAAAAUGGUCUAUUUUUAAUGAUUUAUUUGAAAGUAUUGAGAUUUGACCUAAAAAAAAGCACUGAAACGUGAAAACACUUUCUCCCGUCUGGUUAGUUGCCUGCCUUGGUCAGGACCACGUGAUGUAACACCUAGACGUGAGAGCACAACAUGGCCCAAUGUCCUGCAGUGAGAAAGUUCUGUGCAAUCCCAGAAAAUUCAGAUGCCUUCAUUAUUCUAAGUUCUAGUUUGUCUUUGUAUAGCCACAAACCUAAUGGUUUAUUUUCAGAAAGCUGCCUGAAAUUUUGCUUUGUAUUCUUCUAGGAAGAACUCAAAUUCCUCAUGAGGAAACUCUACCUUCUGAGCCAAACUACUAAGUUUUCUGCAGAACUGUCUAGAAGAUCAUUCAAAAGACCCUGCAGUUGCACUUUCUUGUAAAAGAAAUUUUUUUUCUUGGCCUUUGAACAUUUUGCCUAUAGUACGGAGGUUUUGCACAGAUUUUAUACUCAAGUAGACAACUUUAAUCAUAUUUAUACCGACAGAGAUAAGCACUUGGCAAAUUUAAGCCAUAAGUACUUCAGUUUACCCUGUUGCUAGCAAUAUUCUUUUGGAAAGAUGCAAUCCUUGUAUGGUGGAAUAAAAUAAAUAACUGGAAUAUAAUGGGCUUAAUGACAAACAGCAGCUUUUUUAAAUUAGUAAGGGAAUGGAAUCAUUAACUUCCUGCAAGGGCUAAACCAGUGUCUUCAAACAACUUCAGUAAAAGUAAUUUGGCCACAUAUGAUCUUGUUUAGCUAUCUACCUUCUUAAAAACUGGAGAACCUAAAACUUAGAAAAGCAGCACGGGAGUCUAAAUUAUGUAUUUGUGAUUUGGGCUUAUAUAUUCAUAUUGAUUAUGAGGUUAGUUUUCACUAGCUCUGUUGCACUUCCUUACCCAGAAAAAUGUCUGCAAAUAACUUGUCUUUAUUGGACUCCGAUUGUUUAUUCUUGGUGUUAGACAUGGGUUAAGUAAAAAUAAAAAAGGGCCUUGUUCCCUCCUUGGGUUAGGGAAGGAUCUGAAAUGAGGUUGUUUUCCUGAGGCAAAUGAUUAAAUCUGCACUUUAUGAAAAUGAAUACUAACAUCUUUUCCCCCCUCUUUUGUAUUGUAUUAGCUAAUGAUCAAAGUUGUUAAGAUUACAAACUUAUAAUGCAGAAAUAAAGUGGAAAUAUUUUGAUACGCAACAAAGUUUUAGGGAGAUGAAGUAAUUCUCCCCACUCUAAACAAAAGAAAAAACCGUUUUUGUGAACUGCAAACAUG